AUGACAGAGACGAACGAUCUUGCUGAGAACUCUAGACCCAUCUUCUGGGCCGUUUUGCUCACCGUAUUCUUAGUAGUACUAUGGCUUCGUCGAGAUCGUCGUCUGGACAAAAUGCCUGGGCCGGGAGGGUUCCGUGUGAGCCUCCCUGCCAAGGUGCAUAUAGACUUUAGAGAUUGGGCCUCAAAAUAUGGAGAGGUUUUCAAAUUGCGCGUUGGUGUCUAUAAUUGGGUCGUUAUCAAUAGUCCUCAGGCUAUGCACGAAAUCUUGAGCAAACAGUCCUCGAAGACAUCAUCAAAGAUGCCAGCCCCUAUGGGCCACGGAGUGGUCGCCGGUGGCAUGCGCAUGUUCACGCUCGAGUACGGGCUCAAGUGGCGCACCUAUCGAUCAAUUACGCACCAGCUUCUCUCUGCUACCAUGACCUCCACAUUUAUCCCGAGUCAAGAGUAUGAGACCAAGCAGCUGCUGUUUGACUUGGCCAACAGAAACAAUGACGAACAGGAAUUUGCCAUGCACGUCAGGAGAUUUGCUCUCUCCAACGUCAUGACCAGCACCUAUGGACUGCGCGUGACGGACUGGGACAACGAGGAUGUGCAUCACGCGUUGGAGAGUGCCCGUAUCUUGGGCAAAAUCACUCGCGCGGGCGGAUUCAUCGUGGAUGAGUUGCCUAUUCUGGCGCAACUACCAGCCUGCUUGCAGCCGGGUAGAAAGGCCGCAGAGGGAUAUGCAAAGCCACUGCUCCACGCCAAAAUGAUACUCUGGCAGCGACUGGAGAAGCAGGUCGCAGAGGGCAAGGCACCAUUGUGCUAUGCGCGCGAGCUCAUGGAGAACAGCGAGUCCUGGCGCAAACAGGGACUGACUGAUGAAGAUGCGGCUUGGAUCGCCGGUGGAAACGUGGAGGCCGGAUCCACCACAACGUCCGUCACGCUCCUGAGCCUCUUGCUUCAGCUGUCCGCUCGCCCACACGUCCAACAGGCAGCUCACGAGGAAGUCAUGCGCGUCGUCGGGCCUGACCGAACGCCUGCGUUUGAAGACAUUGAGAACAUGCCGUAUAUCCGCGCCUGCAUCAAGGAGGUGCUGAGAAUGCACCCGACGCCGUUUUGGGGCAUCAAGCACUACGCCGACGCCGACGUGGUAUACAAGGACUACGUGAUUCCCAAGGGCACGGUGUUGCUCGGUAACACGAGCUUUAUCCACUACGACCCGGAACGGUAUGAGGAGCCCUUUGACUUUCGACCCGAGCGCUACCUGGACUUUCCCAAGUAUAGCUCCGAGUACGCCAACCAGAGCGACCCCUACGCGCGCGACCACUUUACCUUUGGCAUGGGCCGUCGCAUCUGUCCCGGUGCUCGUCUGGCCGAAAACUCGCUCAACAUUGCGCUGGCCAACAUCAUCUGGGCCUUUGAAAUCCACCCGCCAAUGGUGGACGGGUUAGAGGCCAAGGUUGAUCUCACCGACGAUGCGUGGGAGGACACGAGUUUUCGCGGACCAAAGCCUUUUGCUGCGCGGUUCGUGCCCCGCGGGGAUGACAGGCUUCACAUAUUGGAAGAUCAAUGGGCCAAGGCCAAGGAGGAGGGCUACGUGCUCAGAGGCCAGAAGGUUGAUGUCAACAGUAUUGCUACAGCAUAG